AGGAUGGCUGAUACUCCCUCUCAGCUAGAAGCGCCAGCACCUCAGCAAGUCAGUAGCGAGUUUAAGAAGCCUGUUUUGCCGGUGCCUCCCUCAGUACGGAGUAAGGCUCAGGCCUCCAGUCCCUCAGUUCCUGAAGAUGUGAAGAAGGAAUGUCCCACGGCUCAGCUGGACUCUGGAUGUGGGGAGCCUGAGGUCCCGCCACCGCAGCGGGACAGCGAGGAGACUGGGGAUCCACCGGUGGAACAGCUCCGCUCCCCGCGGGUAGCUCCUGCUUCUGGCGGUCCAACCCGGGCUCCUCCAUACCAAGAGCCAUCGUGGGGCAGCCCAGCCACAGCCCCCUACAGUCUCGAGACCCUGAAGGGUGGCACCAUUCUUGGCACCCGCUCCUUGAAAGAUACGAGCAGUUGCCUUUUCGGGAGACUUGCUAGCUGUGACAUAUGCCUGGAGCAUCCUUCCGUGUCUCGGUACCAUGCUGUACUACAGCACCGGGGGUCGGAUCCCAGCGGAGACUCUGAGGGUCCAGGGCAGGGCUUUUAUCUCUAUGAUCUGGGAAGUACCCACGGCACUUUCCUCAACAAAACUCGCAUCCCACCCCGCACUUACUGUAGAGUCCAUGUCGGGCACGUUAUUCGCUUUGGAGGCAGCACUCGGCUCUUUAUCCUUCAGGGACCAGAGGAAGACCGAGAGGCAGAAUCUGAAUUAACAGUGACACAGUUGAAGGAACUUCGCAAACAGCAGCAGAUGUUAUUGGAGAAGAAGAUGUUAGGUGAAGACUCAGAUGAAGAAGAGGAUGCAGAUACCACUGAAGGGAAGAGAAAUACAAGUCAAGAUGAUGAGAUGGGCUGCACGUGGGGAAUGGGAGAAGACGCUGUAGAGGACGAGGCCGAAGAGAACCCCAUUGCCUUGGAGUUCCAGCAGGACCGGGAGGCGUUCUAUAGAAAGGAUCCAAAGAAGGCACUUCAAGGCUUCUUUGACCGAGAAGGAGAAGAGUUAGAAUAUGAAUUUGAUGAGCAGGGACACAGCACUUGGCUCUGCAGGGUGAGGUUACCUGUAGAUGAUUCAUCUGGGAAACAGCUGGUGGCUGAGGCCAUUCACUCAGGAAAGAAGAAAGAAGCAAUGAUACAGUGCUCACUGGAAGCUUGUCGGAUCCUUGAUACACUGGGCUUGCUACGGCAGGAAGCAGUGUCUCGGAAAAGGAAAGCCAAGAACUGGGAAGAUGAGGAUUUUUAUGAUAGUGAUGAUGAUACAUUUCUUGAUCGGACUGGCCUGAUAGAGAAGAAGCGCUUGAACCGGAUGAAGAAGGCUGGGAAGAUUGAUGAGAAGCCAGAAACUUUUGAAUCACUGGUUGCAAAGUUAAAUGAUGCCGAAAGAGAACUCGCCGAAAUUUCUGAAAGACUCAAGGCUUCAAGCAAAGUUCUGUCAGAAUCAUCAUCUCAGGAUUCUUUAGAUGCGUUCAUGUCAGAAAUGAAAUCAGGGAGCACAUUAGAUGGGGUCUCCCGGAAGAAACUUCACCUGAGGACUUUUGAAUUACGAAGAGAACAACAGAGACUUAAAGGGUUAAUAAAACUUGUAAAGCCGGCAGAGAUCCCAGAGCUAAAACAGACUGAACUUCAGACUACAAAUGCAGACAACAAAACUAAGAAACUUGCAUUGCCUCUCUUUGGUGCCAUGAAAGGAGGAAGCAAAUUCAAAUUAAGAACUGGAACGGUAGGGAAGUUGCCACCCAAGCGUCCAGAACUCCCUCCAGCUUUAAUGCAAAUGAAGGAUGAACCUGAAGUAGAAGAGGAGGAAGAAGAGGAAGAAGAGGAGGAGAAAGCAAAGGAGGAGCAUGAAGAACGAGUGGAGGGUGGAAGCGUCAGGCUGCCUCAGGAGCCGGAGUUGGAAGCAGCGGUGGAGCACCCGAGUGCUCCCUCAGAGCCCUCGUGCUCUAAGGAGACGAAAAGUCAUGAAAGAAUAUCUCAACUCAGCCACAUGGAACAGAGUAAAGAUUAUCAAGAGAUGGGCAAAAUAAUGUCAUCCUGUGAGGACCCUUCAGCCUGUUUCCUGGGGCUCCCCAUCUGUCCCACAAAGCAUUCAGUGCCUCAGGCCCCUCUCUGACAGAUAGAAGACGCCUCUCCAGCAUUACAUCUCUCAGUCCACUGUGUCCUACCAUGGAGUGACUUAAACCUGUGGUAAUAAGUCAGGUCAUAGGUUGGUUGGUACGUAGAAAGGCUACUUUUCUCUGGCUUUACCUGUUACAGGUAAAGCAGCCUUGUCAUAUUUUAGCUUAUAGCCUAGCUUUGGUAUUUAAAACUGAAACAUAUCAGUGAAAGGUAAUUUCUUAUGAGUGUUUGUGUGAAUGAAAUAAAGGUCUGUUUUAUUUUUAAAAUUACGUGUGUGUGUGUGUGUGUGUGUACGUGAGUGCUGCUGUUCUUGUGGGCCAGAGGUGCCAAAUCCCUUCAGAGCUGCAGUUACAGAUGGUUGUGAGCCAUUUGAUGUGCGUGCUGAGAACUAAACUCAAGUCCAUGUAAGAUUAAUGGGUGCUUUUAACUGCUGAGACAUCUCUCCAGUCCCUAUAUAUUUUUCAAAUUUAUGUGUAUGUGUGAUAUGAUUAUAUGCUACAUGUAUGCAGGUGCCUGCAGAGACCAGGGGUGUCAUCAGAUUCCCUCAGAGCUAGAUUAUAGGUGGUUGUUAGUUGCUUGACAUGUGCUAGGAACCAAACUCUGCUCCUCUGAAGAGCAGCCUCCUCCUCCUCCUCUUGGUCCUCUUCCCCCUCCUCUUCUUCCUCCUCCUCAUCCUCC